AUGGCUACAGAGACUCAGGCUUUCCCUCAGGCCACUCACAUGCCAUACCGGGGCGAUGCAAACGGCGGCCCUGCCCCGGGAGCAGAGUCUGGCGUUGAUGCAGGCGCCUCUGGAAACAGCUCAGGCGCCAUGAGCAUCUCGACAGGCGGCUUGGUCAUUAUUGUUGUCAUUGUCGUUGUCGUAUGCCUGAUCGGCGUGACGACUGCAACCCUAUUUUUCCUCGCCAAGAAGCGUGAGUGGAAGGUCAGGGAAAAGGUUAGAAGAUCGGCCCGCAAGAUGGUCACUGCUCUCACGCCGAGGAGAGCAGAGUUUCCAGACUCGGCCAAAAAGUCAACAAAAUCGUCACAAGGCGACCGCAAGAAGAUCGCAGACAAGCUCUCCCCUUUUGCUCGACUCCGACCACAAGACCUGGAGAAGGGGACGGCCACGACCGAAGCCCGAAGCAAACACCGAGAGUCGGCCGUCUGA